AUGUUCUUUCUUUUUACCUUUGCGUUCACCUGUGCAGCGGAGGCUGGGCUGAGCCCCAACCUGUCCGCCUCCUGCCCCAGCAUGUGCAGCUGUGCUCCCCAGGAGGUCAUCCGCUGCAACAGGGCCGGGCUGAGAGCGUUCCCUGCGCGAAUCGCAGCCUCCACCACCUCUCUCAACCUCUCCAACAACUACCUGCGGAUCCUCGGCGCCGGCACCUUCCAAAACCUGAGCUCCCUCCACAGCCUCUGGCUGGACGGCAACAACCUGACCUUCCUGUCCCCAGGCACCUUCCAGGCUCUGGGCAGGCUGCGAGAGCUGCACCUCAGCAGGAACUCACGUCUCACCCACCUGCAUGCCAACACCUUCAGGGGGCUCCUAAACCUCAUCAGCCUGGACCUGUCCCACUGCAACAUCUUCGAAGUCCACCCUCUGCUCUUUUCCCACCUGCCCUCCCUGGAGAGGCUCGACCUGGCCUCCAACAACAUGCGCUACGUCCCCCAGGCCUUCCACAACCUCUCCAGCCUCACCAGGCUGUCCCUGGAGGCCAACCACAUAGAAGCCAUCGGCAGAGACUCCCUGAAGGACCUGGGGGCCCUCUACGAUCUGAAUCUGAGGAAGAACCGGAUCUGGAUCAUCCAAAGCGGCGCUUUCAGCAAGCUGCUCAGGCUGGGAGUGUUAAAUUUAGGCCACAACUUCGUGGCAGAUUUGCCUAAUCAGCUUUUCGAGGGCUUGAUCCAGCUCAGGACCAUGCACCUGGAAGCCAACAGGAUCAGCGCCGUGGGCUGUGCCUUCAGGCACCUGCCGAGCUUGAGAAGCCUGUACCUGAACAACAACCAGAUCUCCUCCAUCUCGGGCUCUGCUUUCCUGGACUUACACCACCUGCACUUCCUUCACCUGGGCAGGAACAACCUGAGCUCCCUGCCCGCGGGGCUGCUGGCAGAGCUGCCCAGGCUGAAGCACGUCCUGCUGGCCCACAACCCCUGGAGGUGUGACUGCAGGAUGCUGUGGUUCUGGCGGGGGACGGCGAGGCGCCGGGCAGCCGUCCGAGGGCUGCACUGUGCCUUCAUGGCCCCUAACAGCUCCCUGCCUCUGGAUGCUCUCCAGCCAGGGGACCUGGCAGGCUGUGCACUGCCACCUGAGCUGGCAAGCGAAGACAAGUGCAGGGUGGAUGGCACCAGCAUGGCUCCAGGGCCCUCUACCCUCCCCAGCAAGGUCAUCCUGCUGGCACUCCUCUGCCACACGUGGUAUCUGGUGAGGGGCUGGGACACCCCCCUCCUGGCCACGUUUUGGUGA